AGGUUUUUUCUCUCAAUUUAGGAUGGCCGGCGCAUGGAGAAACAAAUAAGAGAGAAGUUUGAUUGUAGUGUGGCCAAAGUGUUACCAGCAUUAAAGAGGGCACCACUCCUUAACCCUUACUUCACUACAUCAGAUGACAGGAUUAUUGAGUAUGAUGUUGACAAGCUUGUGUGUGAAGAACGUACAGAUUUUCAGAAGGUAGAGAUCUACCAUACCAAGAGCUUUGGUAACAUGCUGGUCCUGGACGACCUUCAGAAUCUUGCGGAGAGUGACCUGCCUUACACUCACGGCCUUAUGAACAAAGGAAAUGAGAAAUAUGAAGAAAAAGAAAUACUUAUUCUGGGUGGAGGAGAUGGAGCCCUACUCUGGGAGUUACUUAAGAAAGCCAAAAUUUGUGACCAUGAUUGA